AUGCAGCAGUACAACACACUAGGAUACCAUCAGUGCCGCUGGGGAUACACCGGCUGGGCUGAUCUGGAGAAUGUCAUUACGGACUUUGAGAAGUUUGAGAUUCCCGUGGAGUACAUCUGGGUUGAUAUCGAUUACAUGCACGGAUACCGCGACUUUGACAACGAAAAGACCAACUGGUCCUACGAAGAGGGCGAGAAAUUCCUCGACAAGUUGCACGCCGGUGGCCGCCGCUUCGUCCCUCUCGUCGACUCUGCCCUCUACAUCCCCAACCCCGACAAUGCAUCUGAUGCCUACCCAACCUAUGACCGCGGCGCCGCAGACGACCUCUUCCUCAAAAACCCCGACGGCAGUCUCUACAUCGGCGCCGUCUGGCCCGGCUACACCGUCUUCCCGGACUGGCACCACCCCAAAGCCGGCAACUUCUGGGCCAACGAACUAUCCCUCUGGCACGAAAAGGUCGCCUACGACGGCAUGUGGAUCGACAUGGGCGAAUGCUCCUCCUUCUGCGUUGGAAGCUGCGGAACGGACAAUCUGCACCUCAACCCCGUGCAUCCGUCCUUCGCUCUCCCCGGUGAACCGGGGAACGUGGAUUACAAUUACCCCGAGGGCUUCAGCAAGAGUAACGCCAGUGAAGCUGCAUCCGCAUCCUCGGCUGCUGCUUCGCAAUCCGCCGCAGCAGCCACCUCAUCCUCGUCAACGACGCAGUCGUACCUCCGCAGCACACCCACCGCAGCCCGCAACAUCAACCACCCCCCCUACGUAAUCAACAACGUCCAGCCAGGCCACGACCUAGCCGUCCAGGCCAUCUCCCCGAACGCAACACACACCGACGGUGUCGUCGAAUACGAUGUCCACAACCUCAACGGCCACCAAAUUCUCAAAGCAACCUACUCCGGCCUGCUCCAGGUCUUCCCUCAGAAACGGCCCUUCAUCCUCGGCCGCGCGACGUUCGCAGGCUCAGGUAAAUACGCCGCACACUGGGGCGGCGACAACAACUCCAAAUGGGCAGACAUGUUCUUCUCCAUCUCCCAAGCUCUUUCGUUCUCGUUAUUCGGCAUCCCCAUGUUCGGUGUAGACACAUGCGGUUUCUCAGGGAACACAGACGAAGAACUAUGCAACCGUUGGAUGCAAAUGUCCGCGUUCUUCCCGUUCUAUAGAAACCAUAACGUUAUCAAGUCUCUCCCCCAAGAACCAUACCGCUGGGCUUCCGUCACGUCAGCGAGUAAGAAAGCAAUGGCCAUCCGCUACGCUAUCCUGCCAUACAUGUACACGCUCUUCCACACAGCGCAUACAACAGGUUCCACGGUGCUCCGCGCGCUGGCUUGGGAAUUCCCGAAUGAGCCGCGCCUCGCUGCCGUCGAUACGCAGUUCCUCCUGGGCCCGGAUAUCAUGGUCAUCCCCGUUCUUGAGCCGGGCGUUGAUACCGUCAAGGGUGUCUUUCCCGGUAUCGCGGCCGGACAGGUGUGGUAUGACUGGUACACCCAAGCACCCGUGGAUGCAGAAGCGGGCGUGAACACCACUAUUCCCGCGCCACUGGGCCAUAUUCCCGUGUACGUCCGUGGGGGGAGUGUGUUGCCCAUGCAGGAACCUGCGCUGACGACGCGGGAUGCGAGGGAGACGGAUUGGAGUUUGAUUGUUGCUACCGGCAAGAACGGGACUGCGCGUGGCGAGUUGUAUCUCGACGAUGGGGAGAGUUUGUACCCUAGUGCGACGAAACAUGUGGACCUCACGGCGACUUCCGGUAGCCUACGGGUUGAUGUGAGGGGGACGUGGGAGGAGAAGAAUCCGUUGGCGAAUGUGACUGUUCUUGGUGUUGAGCAGCCGAAGGAUGUUGUCUUUAAUGGGAAGAGAGUUGGUGAGGAGGCGGUUAAGUAUAAUGCGGCAUCGAAGGUGCUUAGUGUUACUGGGUUGCAAGGGUUUACUAUGGGUGGUGCUUUUGAGAAGAGUUGGGUUUUGCAAUGGGCUUAA